AUGCAGACCCUUCCGGACUGGCCCCCAGCGUCCGGGGCCCCACGGCCCUCUCCCUUCCCGCACCCGGGACUGCACGCCCUCCACCGCCUGGCUCGAGCCCUGCUCUUCCCGGCUUACUGGGCCCUGGACCGGCUGCUGGGCUGCUGCGCGCCGACCGCGCGCCCGAGCGGCCUGCGGCGGCUGAAAGCCGCUGCCGGCGCUGGGGCCGCGCUGCUGCUGCUGCUGCUGGUCGGCCUGCCCCUGGCCCUGCUCGGGCUGCCGCUCUGGCUGCUCCUGCAGACCUGGCGCCGCCCCUUCUGCUACCAGCCCCCGCCGCAGUGCUGGGAGCCCCCAGCGCCCUGGCGCCCCCCCGCCGAGCCCGCGCGCUGCUUCACCUUCCUCAGCGCCAACCUGUGCCUGCUCCCCGACGGGCUGGCGCGCUUCAGCAACUUGAAACACAGCCAGCGGCGGGCCGAGGCUGUGGGCGCCGCGCUGCUCGCCGGCCUGCGGCCCUCGCGCUAUGGGGCCACUGGCAGCAGUCCGCCGGGGCCGGGGGCGCCCUGCGGAGUGCUGACAGCCGAGGUGCCGGCAGGUCUGGAAUUUGUGUGCCUGCAGGAGGUGUUCGACCUGCGCUCGGCGCACCGCCUCGUGAGCCGCCUAGCGCCCAGUCUGGGCCCGGUGCUGCACGACGUGGGCUCGUGUGGCCUGCAGCCCGGGCCGCACCUCAAGCUGCUCGGCAGCGGGCUGCUGCUGGCCUCGCGCUACCCGCUGCUGCGCGCCGCCUUCCGGUCCUUCCCCCACGCACGUCGCGAGGACGCGCUGGCCUCCAAGGGACUGCUUUCCGCACAGGCGCAGGUGGGCAUCAUGGACGGGCGCCGCGUCGUGGGCUUCCUGCACUGCACGCACUUGCAUGCGCCGAGUGAGGACGGGCCCUUGCGCUGUAAACAGCUGACGCUCCUACUGGACUGGAUCGAGCAGUUUGAAGCCGAGAGCCGCGAGAGUGGCGAGGCCGUGGCCUUCAGCGUGCUCCUGGGCGACCUAAACUUCGACAACUGCUCCUCAGACCACGCGCAGGAGCAGGAGCACCAGCUCUUCAGCCACUUCCGGGACCCCUGCCGGCUGGGCACGCGCCGGGAUCAGCCCUGGGCUCUGGGCACAAUACUGAGCACCUCCACCCUCCGCCACUCGGUGGCCUGCUCCCCGGAGAUGUUAAGGAGGGCCCUGGAGCAGGAGGAAGGGCGCCGCCGCUACCUGGCGGGCCCUCUGGGCGGAGGCCGCCGGGCUGAGCCCUGGCGGGGCCGGCGCCUGGACUACAUUAUGUACCGGGGAGCGGUCGGAGGCCCGCUGAGCCCAGAGGUGGAACAGGUGACGUUCAGCACCGCCCUGGCGGGGCUCACAGACCACCUGGCCGUGGGACUUCGCCUCCGAGUUUCCGUGCCCUCCUGA